GUGCCAUGGUUGGAAUUAGGAAGCCAGAUAAAAGAAGAAAGACGAGACAACAGGAGAGAGAGGAGCUGGUUCCACAGCUCUCUCCUCUCUGUGAGGAGGACAACAGUAGCUGCACAGAUUCCCAGAGGGAUUUAAUGCGGGAUCAUCUCUGUGGAGAGCUGGUUUUCAUCCAGCUCAACAGCUGCCUCUACCUUUAACAUCGUACCCCCACCAUGAAUGAAGGCAGGGAGCCGGGCAGAGCUCCGGGGGGGAGUAACCCUCCUCUGGCUCCCAACGUCAAGCCCAAGCCCAACCAGAAUGAGAAGAACACCAAAGAGCAACACAAGACUAAGGAGAGGCCCGUAAAAGUGAGGAGAUCAAGGAGCACGGACUCAGAGAGGGGGGAGAGAGGGAGGAGGAGAGAGCGGGAGAGGGAGAGAGGAUCCCGUGGACGUAGUGAAGACAGCCGGAGACGAGAGAGGAGGGAUGGGGCGAGGAGGAAGAAGCCCCCUGAGAAUGAUGUGGAGGACACUGAGUGCAGCAUCUGCUUCUGCUCCUACGAUAAUAUCUUCAAGACUCCCAAGCUGCUCGCGUGCGGCCACACCUUCUGCCUGGAGUGCCUGGCUCGCAUCAAUGUGACCUCCACCGAGCUCAAAAACCUGUCCUGCCCUGUGUGCCGGGAGGUAACCGAGCUGCCCCACGGCCGUGACCUGCCCCGCCUGGGCAACAACCAGGACAUCAUCCAGAAGCUGCCCUCGCAGAUGCAGAGGGCACUCUCCAUCCGUUUCCAGCGCAGCAAAGGCAAGCUGAUGCUGAAGCGCGCCUCCUCCAGCAAACCCAGCGCCCUCUCCAUCCCCACCAAGAAUCCCAACCCCCCAGCGACGAGCACCAGUCUGAGCGAGGCGGAGCAAGGAGCAGCCCCAACCACGGUGCUGAACGUGGGCAGACCCCCCAACAGGACAAGGGGUCGCCUGCGCAGGUUGUUCCGCUCAGACCAGUGCUACUACGCCGUGGUGGCCAUCAUCAUCACCAUCACGGUGGUGAUCCUGCUGGUGGCCAUCCUGGCCUUUGUCAUCGUUCCUACUGUGUCCAUCCAUAGCGGAACCCAGAGACCGGGGAACCACUCCAGCUCAAUUGAAGUCCAAGACGGCGACUGAAACCAGGGGCCAAACCGAAGGGCCCCCACACAAAUGAAAGAACGCUGCUGGAACCUGUUCUACUCAGUGUGAUGGGAAAACUGAAAACAUGAAAACAAGCUGCAAAAUGAAGGAAAAUAAGGACAGGAACAUUUUUCUGGAUGAGCAAGCAGAAAAAAAACUGAGCCAGCGCCUGCUUUUAUUCCACUAUCACUGAGAAAGAAGAGAACUGAAGAUUCAAAAGCUCGAAGUGCACUUAACUCAGGGACACGAUAUUUGAGGAUUACGUCAGACGGAUCCAAACUCAGGGUUUCCUUCUAAAUGUUUUAUACCUCAUACUUCUCCAAAUAUGUUUGUAAAUAACUGUAAGUAUUAUAAUGUAUUUCCCAUCAAAUGUACCAAAUAAAGCCAUUUUUAU